GGUUAUGUCGGCGGGCCCGAGUGUUGUGGCGGGCCGCUCGAGCGCGGGGAAUAUGGGAGUUGCGAGCGAGGUGCCCAUUCCAGUUCCCUGAUGGAUCUGCGGAGCCGGAUAUCUGGCACUGCGGAGAACCGAGCUGAUUGCAGUACCAGCACUCUGAAGAAGUUUCGAGGUCUUCGUGGAAGUACGCAGUUCAAGCAAUGGCCUCUUGCCCUUGCUCUUGCAUCACCAAAGUUCGACAACCGACUAUCAACCUGUGCUGCCUCGCCCGACAGUCAAGCUAAUGCCCCUGCUGACGCCGCCGCAUCACAGGGAUACCCUGCGAGCAACCUUCCGCCUGGACCCGCCCCCUGGAUUACCAGCGUCAUCGAUUACAUCGUGGGAAACGGUUAA